UGAUAAUAUCAAGGCAAAAACCAGCACACCCUGUAGCUCUCCAGGACCAGGAGAUGGCUGGAGAGAAGCACGUCGAGGCUAAUAAAUUAGUUGGAAUGGAUGAUAAAAAGGAUGAAGGAAUUGGAUUAGAAAUUCUGCAGAUAAUUAAGGAAUCCCAGCAACAACACGGCUUGAGACAUGGGGAUUAUCAGAGAUACAGAGGGUAUUGUUCUCGUCGUUUGCGUCGCCUUCGCAAGACCCUGGGCUUCAAAAUGGGAAACAGGCACAAGUUCACCGGCAAGAAAAUCACUGUGGAGAUGCUGUCUGAUAACAGAUACCUGCUACUUGUCCUAAUGGAAGCUGAACGGGCCUGGAGCUAUGCCAUGCAGCUGAAGCAGGAGGCAAACACAGAGCCUCGCAAACGUUUCCACCUGCUCUCUCGCCUGCGCAAGGCUGCCAAGCAUGGAGAACGUCUUGAGCGACUGUGCGAGAGUACCCGCGUGGAUGCCAAGACCAAGCUGGAGGCCCAGGCCUACACUUCAUACCUCUUUGGAAUGGUGCAGUUUGAGCUUCAGCAGUGGAAAGCAGCUAUGGAGGCCUUCAAUAAGUGCAAAACAAUCUAUGAGAAACUGGCUAGUGCCUUCACAGAAGAGCAGGCAGUGUUGUACCACCAGCGUGUCGAGGAAAUUUCACCCAACAUCCGCUACUGUGCCUACAACAUUGGUGACCAGAACGCCAUGAACGACCUGAUGCAGAUGAGACUGAGCGCAGGCGGGGGUGGAGGCAUGAUGGCGGAAAAACUCGAGACUCUGAUCACGCAGACGAGGGCGAAGCAGGCUGCCACGAUGAGCGAGGUCGAGUGGCGCGGGCGCACGGUGCCUGUGAAGAUCGACAAGGCCCGCAUCUUCCUGCUGGGUCUCGGAGACAAUGAGGCGGCCAUCACACAGGCAGCCAGUGAGGAGACCAAGGAGCGUCUUUACGAGACCCUGCUGGCCGAGUGCAGGGACACCAUCCAGGCUGUGAGAGAGGAGAUCAAGGCUGACUCGAAGCAGAGAGAGAGGGCUGUGGAUGCAGACAAUGGGAAAGUCUCCAACCUGCAGUACCUGCACAGCUAUCUGACCUACAUCAAGCUGUGCACGGUGGUGAAGCGUAACGAGAGCAUGGCCCACGCGCUGCACGGCAAGCUGAAGGAGCCGCAGCCCGACGAGAGCAAGAGGGGCCCGCGGCCGCAGGACCUCAUCCGCCUCUACGACAUCAUCCUGCAGAGUCUGGCUGAGCUGUCUGCCCUGCAGGGUCUGGAGGAGGACCACACCUUCCAGAAGGAGGUGUCUCUGAAGACUUUGGUCUACAAGGCGUACAGGUGCUUCUUCAUUGCCCAGUCCUAUGUGCUGGUGAAGAAGUGGAGCGAAGCGCUGGUUCUGUAUGAGCGCGUGCUGAAGUACGCCCGUGAGGUCCAGUCUAAGGCCAAGAGCCUCAACAACAGUCUGAAGGACCUCCCUGAUGUCCAGGAGUUGAUCUCUGAAGUCAACGCGGAGAAAUACUCGCUGCAGGCCGCAGCCAUCUUGGACACCGAGGACGUGGCAGAGAUCCCUCAACAAUUGCAGAUGAAGGACAAUAAGCCCCUGUGUGAACGGCUGGAGGCCUUCCACUUGGACCCCGCCCUCGUGGGCAAGCAGCCCAAUCUGGUGCCGUUCCCCCCAGACUUCCAGCCAAUCCCCUGUAAGCCUCUGUUCUUCGACCUCGCUCUCAAUCACGUGGCCUUCCCGCCCCUGGACGACAAGGUGGAGCAGAAGGGCAAAGGUGGCCUGACGGGCUACAUCAAGGGAAUCUUCGGCUUUGGGAGCUAAACGCAGGCCUGGGCGUCUGGGCUGAGGCCUGCUGCACAGGACAACCCCAGACACCAGAAUCCACACGACUGUUCCAUGUGUUCAUCAGCACCUGCAGCGUCUGGGGGAAAAGGAAACAAAAAUUAGAUAGAAACUUUAAUUAUCGAAACUAUAAUUUUUAAAAUCUAAAGCCACCUUUCUUAUAACCAGUGUUAAUGUCGGUAUACUUUGCUAAUCACCUGUAUUACGGUGUUUGGCUUGUCAUUACAAACAAUGGUGGAGCAUAGUUAUGAAAUGUCAUGUGUAAUAUCAGGGGUGUUCAACGUCAACCCUGCGGAACCCCAGUUUUCCUUCCGCAAUUACAAUCCCAGAAUUUAACAAGAUGUUAAUUUUUCUUAAUUAGGUGCUUUUCAUGUUUAGAGGGAUUAUUUACUCUUUGAAGCCAUAUUAUGUCAUAGAUAUCUAUGCAUGUCAUUAAGUCCCAUGUUCAUGUUGUGCUUGUUGUGCUAUAUGGCCAACAACUGCAUGAAGAGGUAAAAAUAUUAAACCGAUCAAAUUCAGGACUGAGGUGGUCAAUAGGCUCCUAACUGGACUGACAAACAUGAGUUUAGAUUAUUUCAUAGGCUAAUUGUGUUGAGGGCUGUUUGGUUUGUUAAUUGCUCUCUUUGAACUCUGAAUUAUCUACCAAAUGGUUAGUUUUAGUGGCCAUGUGUCCCCAGCUCUUGGGAGUCUAUCGUUUCACCUCAGGUUGUUAAAAUUCUGGUAUUUCAUUUGUGGUUGGAACAAAAACUAGCAUACACAGAGGUCGCCAAGGACUGAAGUUGAUUGCCCCUGCGUAACACUGUAAGGGCAGUGCGUGGAAGCUUGCUGUUUUAGUCUGUUUGCAUAAAUGGUGGACUGAAUGAUGACAGCCCUCACACAUGACAGUUCCCUGUUCCCUCCCAAUUCUGUGCGUAUAUUAUACUUACUCCUCUAAGAUCUGUUAAAAGGCUCGUCUUGCAGAUCCAUGUAAUACAUGCUUUGACAUGUUUGCAACACUGCACAGAUGGCAUUUGAAGUUCAGCGACGGCAAAAGGAAACUUUCUCACUUUACUCACCUCCAUUUCCUGUAGCUCCCUGCCCCUCCUCCCUCUGUAGCACUCUUUAGUGCAGCUGCCAGUCUAUGGGGUGUGUGUCUCAUAGAUUUUUUAAAAGUCUCUAACUUGGGAAAUUGAAUUGCUCUGCCUCCCUGUUUUCCUGUGCUGAAGAAACUGAGGUCACCGUAUAAUACUCGUUUUAGCUCCUGAUCUGGUUUCUCACGACCAGGUUUCACCAUCAUGAACACCUCUUAUAUUUGUCUUAAUUUGUCAUUUAAGGUGGAGAACGGCUGUAGCCCAUUGCAAAAUGUGUGUUCACCUGCUGGUGCAGGUCACAUGGCCCAAACGGCGGAAUAUUUUCUGUUUGCAUGUUGGAUGAAAUAAUUGGAAAUCCUAUCAUUUUUGAUUUUUAAAAUGUUUUUGUUUAAAGCCAAAUAAAGCAACAAAAGGUUUCUGUCAA